UUAUUAUUUGGGAAACUUUUACAAAUAUAUCGUUCAGAUUAAUUUUUGCAACUUAACGUGUUGUAGAUGCCCUGAAACAUUGCUCGAAGUUGGUACCUACUUAAAAGAUAAGAAUACGGAUUAUACAAAGUCCCUCUGUCAGAUCAUGGAGUCUUCAAUAUGUCGUGCCUGUCUAAUACCUGCCGAAAAUAUGGUCAAUAUAUUCGAUUCGAAACACGAAUCGGGGAUUUCCAUUGCAAACAUGAUUUCUCAGUGCACCGGUUGUAAAGUGGAAACAGACGAUCUUCUACCCAAAACCAUUUGCUCAGCCUGCCUGCAGGAUGCCCAGAAUGCAUUCGAUAUUAUUGAAAGGUACGAAAGAAGCUACCACUUCUUCUGCUUCUUCAAAGAAAUAAAGGAGGGAGAAUGCGAUAAUGAAGGAUCCUAUUGCUCUGAGGAAGUGACAACCGAAAAAGAUAAAUUAAUUGGAGACAAUCGCCAAGAAAAAACACUCGAAAUAGAUCAGACCGAUUCCGAAGAUAGGAUGGAGAGCUCUGAAGAAGAUUUAGAGCAAAUGGGCUUAGGGGAAAACCCAUUGCAGUGUUUACAAUGCGCACGGAUUUUAACAACUAAAGCAAGUCUUCGAGGACACUUGCGAACUCACACAGGAGAACGACCCUUCAAGUGCUCUAAAUGUCCAAAGUCUUAUACUCGUUCUUCAGGUCUAAAGAGCCACUUGUCAGUUCACAGCGGAGAACGACCGUUCAAGUGUAAACAUUGCUCAAGGACAUACUUACAUAAAUACGAUUUUCGUGUUCACUUGCGCACUCACGCACGAGAACGACCCUUCAAGUGUUCUCACUGUCCAAAGUCUUUUACGACUUCUUCAAAUCUAAAAGUGCACUUGCGAAUUCACACAGGAGAACGACCCUUCAAGUGUUCUCAGUGUCCAAAGUCAUUUACAAUAUUUUUUUCUCUGACUUUGCACUUGCGAAACCACACAGGAGAACGACCCUUUAAGUGUUCCCAAUGUGCAAAGUCUUUUACUACUUCUUCACGUCUACAGAGCCACUUGCUAGUUCACACAGGAGUACGACCGUUCAAGUGUGAUCAUUGCUUUAAAACAUACGCACGUAGAUGCACUCUUCGUCGCCACUUGCAAACUCACACUGGAGAACGACCAUUUAAGUGUACCCAAUGUCCGAAGUCCUAUACUGUUUCUUCAAGUCUAAAGAUCCACUUUCGAACCCACACAGGAGAACGACCAUUCAAGUGUUCCCAUUGUCCAAAGUCAUUUACACAUUCUUCAGGUCUGUCUAAGCACUUGCGAACCCACACAGGAGAACGACCGUUUACGUGUUCCCAUUGUCCAAAGUCUUUUUCUCGAUCUACAAUACUAUCUGCUCACUUGCGAACUCACACCGGAGAAUAAGUGUUCCCACUGUCCAAAGUUUAUAUUGAAUUUUCGUCAAUUUACAAAAAUUGUAUGUUAAUUUGAGUAACAAUGGUUGUUUCUUGAAUGUG